GGUUGUGGGGGGAGGGAAAAGCGGCAAAGGGGGAUUAUUCAAAGUACCGAAAACCUCCUCUCGGGAUGGAGCGCAGCAGCACCCCCAGGCCAGGGGCACUUCUGCUGUGGCAGAAGGUGAUUGAAUUACUCAGAUAUGAAGAUCAUCUAGGUUUUGUGUAAAAGGCCCCGGAUAUUUCAAGUGGCCAUUUUGGAAUUACAAUGUUUUUGGAUAAUUUUGCCCCAGAAGUUUAUUAAAAUUGUCAAGAAUCAUCUCUGAAGUGAAUUCAGAGUAGUGAACAGUUCUACAAGCGACUUAAAAAGAAACAUAGUCAUUUUUAGUAUUUUGGUUCAAACGGAUGAUAUACCUGGUUUAAAGUGUUUCAGCUGGUGGUAUUUUUGCCUUUCCCCAACUCCUCCCCUCUUGUUAGUGUUCUUCAGCCAAAACCGUAAGAUAUGUUUGAUUUGUGUACUGAGUCGUUUCAGCAGUUUCAAAUUACUGUUUAAAUAUUGCUGAAGUUUCAUGGCAAUUUAUUUUUACCUUUAUUAAAAGUUUUAGGAAUUUUUGACCUCAGCCCUAUUCAUGGCACAGUGGGGCAGCUUUUCUAAACGAAGACAUUGAAAGAAUACAGAGGUAUUUUUCCUUUUAUCUUUUAUUUACGUGGAAAUUUAAGAUGUUGCAGUUUCCCAGCAGCCUGGUAGUAUUGAGAUAGCUAUGUGUCUCUGUAUAUGCUGAUGCUUAGGAACGCUCUUCAGAUGUUAAAUUUUCUUUUUGUCUUUGCUUUUUGGCUCAUAAAUUGGAUAUUUCAUCUGGAGUGGAUAAGAACAACAGUGACAAGUUCAUGGAAUAAUAAAGAAGACCUUAUAAUCUUAAAUCUAAGGAACUUGGCUAAUUCUGGAGCUAGCCAUAUGAAAACUUUAAAACAGAAGUAUGGGUAGCUGACUUGAAGUAACUCUAUGUCAACUAGUCAUAGCUUGAGUAUCUUCAAAGAACUUGGAUUUUAUUUCAGAGGAUACAAAAUAAAAAAAACCAAACUGGAAAACAUAAAGGUAACAGAGAAACACUCAACACCCUCCUGUGCAGUCCUGUUGGAAUUUGGACUUGCCAUGAGGUGUUGAAGCCUUGUUUCGUUGAGUCGGAGAGACUGGACCUAAAUGGCGCAGCAGGACUUUGCUCCAGCCUGGCUUAAUUUUCCCACUCCACCAUCAUCACCAAAGUCGUCAUUGGAUUUUGAAAAGCAUUCUGAAAACUUUUCCCGGACAGAAAAUCGUUAUGAUGUGAAUCGGCGGCGACACAACUCUUCAGAUGGCUUUGAUUCUGGUAUUGGACGUCCUAAUGGAGGUAACUUUGGAAGGCAAGAAAAAAAUGGAUGGCGUACACAUGGAAGAAAUGGUACUGAAAACGUAAAUCAUCGAGAGGGAUACCCUGGGGGCAGUUCCCGUUCUCGCAGCAGUAUUUUCCAUUCUGGAAAAAGCCCAGGACUACAUGAAAACAACCUACCUGACAAUGAAACAGGGAGGAAAGAAGACAAAAGAGAACGCAAACAGUUUGAGGCUGAGGAUUUUCCGUCUUUAAAUCCUGAAUAUGAGAGAGAACCAAAUCAGAAUAAGUCUUUAGCUGCAGGUGUAUGGGAAUAUCCUCCGAAUCCUAAAUCUAGAGCUCCAAGGAUGCUGGUCAUUAAGAAAGGUAAUACAAAAGAUUUACAGCUAUGUGGAUUCCCAGUAGUAGGAAAUCUUCAAUCACAGCCAGUUAAGAACGGGACUGGUCCAAGUGUUUAUAAAAGUUUAGUCCCUAAACCUGCUGCUCCACCUACAAAACCUACACAAUGGAAAAGCCAAACUAAAGAAAAUAAAGUUGCGACUUCUUUCUCCCAUGAGUCUACGUAUGGUAUUGGCAAUUUCAAUGCUUUCAAAUCAACUGCCAAGAAUUUUAGUCCAUCUACAACUUCAGUGAAAAAGUGUAAUCGCUCAAAUUUCUCUUCACCUGUUGACAAACUUAAUCAGCAGCCUCGUCUAACCAAACUGACACAAAUGCACACUGAUAAGAAGAGUGAAUUUUGGAAAGCAUUGAAAAGGGACAGAGUAGAAGAGGAACAUGAAGAUGAAAGCCAUGCUGCCUCAGAGAAGGAUGAUGACUCAUUUAAUUUGCAUAACAGCAGUACUCACCAAGAAAGGGAUAUAAACCGAAACUUUGAUGAAAAUGAAAUUCCGCAAGAGAAGGGCAAUGCCUUGGUUAUUUCCCAACAGAUCAUUCGGUCUUCACCCUUCCCACAAACUGAUGUUCUUUCAAGUUCACUUGAGGCAGAACACAGACUGUUAAAGGAGGUGGGCUGGCAAGACGAUAGUGAAAGUGAUGAAACAUGUGCUCCCUUAACUGAGGAUGAAAUGAAAGAAUUCCAAGUUAUUAGUGAACGGUUACAGAAGAACGGUCUGAGGAAAAAUGGUGUUUUGAAAAAUGGCCUGAUCUGUGAGUUCAAGUUUGGACCCUGGAAAAACAGCACUUUCAAACCCACUAUUGAGAAUGAUGACACAGAAACAAGUAGCGGUGACAGACCAGAUGACGAUGAUGUGUGA